CGGCAACAGUACUGAUAGUACGGACAGUACAACAAUUGGUGGCAAAAUGUCAUACAUUUUAUGGCAAUAUUGGAUCGACGAGACCGACGAUCGGAUCAAACAUUACCCCCUGUUUGGGGGCCCACCGGACAAGUUAAUGGCGAUCAUGUUGCUAUGGUUACUGUUUGUGACCAAGCUGGGUCCGAAACUAAUGCGUAAUCGAGAACCGUUUGUGUUGCGCAAACCGAUCAUGGUCUAUAAUUUUAUUCUGGUUGUAAUAAACGUAUAUUUUGUGUACAAAUCGGUGCAUUGGUUAGAGUUUGGCAGUAAGUCAUUAGAUCCAAAAUUAUCAGCUAAGUACCAGUGGACAGACGCCGACAUUGCAAAUGUACCUGAUAAAAUGUUUUAUAGUUAUACAAAAAUAUUUGACUUACUUGAUACAGUAUUUUUUGUGUUGCGCAAAAAAUUCAACCAAAUCUCGUUUCUGCACGUUUACCAUCAUUUUAUGGUACCUGUGAUGAGCUAUGUAGUGGUCAAACUAGGUCCACAAAGUGUGGGGAUCGAGGUGUUUUGUUUUCUCAAUUCAAUAGUGCAUACAAUUAUGUAUAGCUAUUACCUGUUGUCAGCAUUUGGACCCUGGAUUCAGCCCUACUUAUGGUGGAAGCGAUACAUAACACGAUUGCAAUUAAUACAGUUUGUGUUGCUUAUAGUGUACGCCAUAUAUUGUUUCCUAUACGGCGAUACGAGCGGUGUGUCUGAUGGGUUAAAAGUUGUAUUUUACGUUCAACCAUUCGUCUUUUUCUAUAUGUUUGCCCGAUUUUAUAUUCAAUCUUAUAGUCAUAAAACUUGUUUGAACAUGUUCGUUGGCAUUCAUAUCUGCCACUAUAUCAGCGAACAUUUGCUCAAAUCUAUUUUUAAACUCAACCAGUCA